AGAGAGAGAGAGAGAGAGCGAGAGAGAGAAAGAGAGAGAGAGAGCGCGCGAGAGAGAGAGCGAGAGAGAGAGAGAGAGAGAAUUGGAGCAAGUCGCCAACAUAACACGAGGUGCCCAUCCAAAAUAAGCGACACAGUAUUCAUGGUCUCCUACCUGCACCAAUCGAGGAGUGCGUUUAUGUUGAAUGUGCGGGACAAACACACUAGACACCCAAGGAGUUGUUGAACAGGAACCGAAGGCUCCCUUUCCUUGCUUUCUGUGGAUCCUUAUUUUUAAUCAGCAAAGUAAGUUUUUUUAUUUUUAAAUUUUUUUUUUAUUUUUAAAUUAUUAUUAUUCUCACCUGAGUUUGUGUGUCGGAUUAUUCUUGCAAGCCCCAUGAUCACCACUAAGUAACAUCAUCAGGCAUAAUUCAAGCUGUUUUCGUGCUGAUCGAGUGUGUGUUGGAGCGAGGCUGCCGUUGUUGGACUUUAACACAGUCCCGUUUAUUGUCAUUUCCGCACCCCGGAUUCCUCCUGUUUGAAAACCCCGUGUUUGUUUUGGUGCCCAGGAAUAUGGGCCAGCGGCUUGGAUCUAUUUUCUCAAUGUCAAGGCGAGGCUGUCCUCUCCUCCCCCCGUCCUGGUGUAGGGGGGGGGGGAGGAGGAGUCCUUCCUAUAUACGUGCAGAAGGGAGGGGGGGGGACCCUCGUUUUAAGCUAUUUUGAACGUAUUUGAAGAGCGUUGCUUGUGUUUUAGCCAGACGUUUCACGCCCCCUUGUGUCCCGGUGGUGUGCGGAGAUCGUUCUGGUAAUACGGCUGUUAUUUUCCCGCGGGCGCCUCUUCGGUGAUGUAAACAACGUGCUUCUCCCAACAUGCGUAGCGGACGCACGGUGCUCGUGAAUAGUCCCGACCGCGACUUGUAAGUACUGGUUUGAAAUGUGCGCCGAUGUUGGCGUGGUGAUUGACGGCGGCGUUGCGACAAAGUGCAAUAAUGCCGAGGAAGACGGCGGAUCCAUAAACUAUUGUCAAUACAGCGGCCCAGACGGCUGCGUUUCCGCGUCCGCUGCGUAAGCGGGGCUAUGUGGGUUAGUGGGCUAGUCCACGCGGACGACUGGAAAAAUCCCGUGCAGGCUCGGAGGACACGCUUCUCCUCGUCACGUGUAGCAGCUCUUUGUAAAGGUUAACGCGGGUGCGCAUAGGACUCGAGGUUUAACCCGUUACAGGCACAGACCCCGCGAGGCGCGCACGGGAGCGACACGCACCGCGCAUCACGUCGCCGCCGAGCGCCGGACUCUUUUGACGCGCAACUUUUAUGACUUCCUCUCAUUGUUAUUUUUUUUUUUACAUUUUUAUUGUCUUGUUUACAAACCACGGAUUUAAGAGCUAACGGAGGAUGAAGUAAAGGGGCGGGCCGGACCGCCUGUAGCCGUCAGCCUUUUCACGUCUCAGCCAACCGAAGAGAGACAGACAAGAGAGAGGCUCCCCGGGAGACUGACUUGCCGAGGUAGACGGACUGACCUACAUCCUGCUACUCGCCUGGAGCUGUAGGACACCUCUCUGCCAGCUCAGUUCAGCUCAGCGCGCCGCUCUCUUGCAAAACAUCUGAAAAGAAACAAGGGGGAAAAAAGGGGUCACAGGAUUUCCCUCCGAGAAAUCAGUCGUGUUCUCCUCGACUCCAGGAAUUUGACUUGUUUCUUCUCUAAAAAAACCAAGGGUGGAUAAAUGAGGGGUGCAAAUGCCGAGUUCCACCUCUUCUUGAUAUUUUUGGCCAAUCUGGACACUUGAACCACCCUGAUCGAAUUAGACCGAAACUGGAUUAAAAAAAGACUGAAUUCAAUUUUAAAGGCGGGUCGAACCCGCUGAGUUUCAACCGGGAAGGAGCACAGACACCAAGAGAGGUUCUGACAGAUCCUGGCACUUAGGAAACUACCAGAACAAGCUUGUUUUUGGUGAAAGCAAUCAAGCACAAAUUAUCACUACCCCCUUCCUCCCUUUGACCUCUGACCCAAUUCCCUCGUUGGUUGUCCUGGUAAGAUUUCAAACUGGCUGCCAGUGAACAAGAAUGGAAAGUCUGAGUGCUGCUCUUACAACAUUAAGCAAAAACUCAGGGAAUACCUUAAACUGUCUCGAAACCUUCUCCAAUUUUGAGGAAUCUCUCCCCUCCCCCCAGAUAGCAUCAACACGCCUGGGGCGCCUAAUUAAACCCAAACCAAAUAUGAGCUGCAGACGGAAGCGAGAGUUCAUAUCCGACGAAAAGAAGGACGCCUCCUAUUGGGAGAAGCGCCGCAAGAACAACGAGGCUGCCAAACGCUCCCGGGAGAAGCGUCGCCUCAAUGACAUGGUUCUGGAGAACCGUGUCAUGGCGCUGAAUGACGAGAAUGUGAGGCUCAAGACCGAACUGCUACAGUUAAAGUUGCGUUUUGGCCUUAUCAGCACUGCCUCCUACAUGGAGAAGAGCCAACAGAUUGGCGGAGGCGCCAACGCAGGAAACGGAGGCUCGUCCUCUUCCUCCUCCUCCACUCACUACUACUCCAGCGGCUACUCCAGUGGCUCUCAGGUGAUGAUGAACUCUGACUCCUCAGAGACGGAGCAGUCCGGACGCAGUGAAGGUCACGGCCAGCUUGCGAAGUACUCCCCCCGUGGGUCCCUCUCUGACAUGUCAGAUGGCUCCUCCAGGGACAGCCCCGAGCCCAUCAGCUUUGAGAUCAAGCAGGAGGGUGAGCGGCUGGAGAUGGACAUCACGAAUGGCACCACCACCCAGAUCAUGUUCAACAUCCACCGUGGCCUGACCUCUGUGCCCACUCACCAUCAGAUCCAACAGCACUCUCAGGAGCUAGAGUCUGCCUACCACAGUCAACAGCAACAGCAGCUCCUCCACCACCAACAACCACAGCCCCACCAGGAACCUGUUACCACCAUUACAGCCCCAAGCCAGCCUGUCCCUCAUCCACCCGCUGCCCAGAGAAGCGUUAUACUCUACCGCGCCAGCAGUGCCUCUUACCCCGUGGAGAGCCUGACAAGGCACCAGGACACAGAUCUGCAGGCUUCCCAGCAGCACAACAGUGGCAGUGGCCAGCCAUGUGUCGGCCAGCUGCCCCAGUCCAGGGAGGGCAUCACAGACAGCUCCAAUGAGGCACUGGCGGAGGUGACCAAACAACUGGAGAGGAAGACAUUGGACUCCCCUCAAUAUGACUUUGCAGAAAGCCGCAGUGAGGCAGGCGAGAGACAUAUGUACAUGGUUAGUCAGUUUUCCAGCCAACAGCUGCAGGAGAAUGGCUCCCCUGCAGGCAUGGCCCCAGAGCUUCUCCACAAACAAGAGGAGGGCACCACCAAGUCCCACCUGUAUCACCAUGUCCAGCAGCCUCAUCAUCCGUACCUCAGUAUCCAUGAUGAGGAACCCCCUGUGCUGACCUAUGAGGGUGGGCCCAGAAAUGAAGCUUAUUACCAGUCCACCUCCUCUAGCAAGGACACCUCAUCCAGUGAUGGAGAUCCCCGUAGCUCUGACAAAGAAGCCUCUACGGACGAUGACGAUUCCCCGUCCUCUUCCAGCUCCGACACAGGGAGCUAUCACCACCAGCAUCUGUUAGGCCUCCAGCAGCCUGCCUCACCCCUGCCUUCCUCCCAGGGUUGCUCUCACACGCAGGGCAGAGAAGCCCAUGGGGAGGUGAGGGGCACGGCGUUACCCCACAAACUCAGACUCAAACACAGGGCCAUGAGCACCAGCGGGGGAAGCGGUUCUGGGCAGGAGUCGCCAACCACCCCACCGUCUGCCACGCUUCCCCCUCUCUCCCACCUACCCCAGCAUCCUUAUUUAGCCCUCCUGCCACAAGGGGCCCCGAACGAGAGCGGGAAAAAGGAGUUGGGCGGGCGGCGAAACAAGAGGCGAGACUGAGCGACACUGACUUUUCUGAAGCUCAUGUACUCUUAAAAAGCCGAUUUAAGAACCACCCCCCUCAUGCCUUUGCCCUAACUUUAAACCCCCAUCUCAAGUCCCGGGGACACGGAAGCUGGGCUUCUCCGCACCCACGACCCAUGUCAUCAAUCAGCUCUGGGCUUCUUGGGGGUAGCUGUGUCAUAUUUGUAUAUAUUGUACAGAUUUGUCAUUUCAUACAUCCUCUCUGUACUUACAGAAGCACUUUUGUUUAUGCAAUGAGAGGAGGAAUGGAACUGCUUCAUCAGCUUAUUGUGUCGUUUCUCGACGACACCCCGCAUCACAAAACAUCAGCAAAAGUACAUUGCGAUCAUUUUUUUUUUUUUAAAAAGGAGAAUGUAGUGAAUCAUUAAUUAUCAAGCUUUAUCAGUACUAUUGAUUUGGUACACGUGCAGCUGUAGACAAACAUACACAUGUAUGGCUCUCUGCCUUAAUUCAAUCAAAUGCAAACACAAACUGGGGAUUUUCCCUCGACCAAAGAAACAGUGACGGUAACACUACAAAUACAGAGUUCCAUCCCUCUUCCCGGGCCCUACCUCUACCCACCCAUACCCCCCGCCCUGCCCCCGCCACUGCCAUCGUUUUGCAAAAGCCCGCCACCAUCUUUAUUUUUUAAGCACUUGGUUUGUAUAUGACUGUAAUAUAUGAAUAUACGUAUGUUAUAUAAAUAUAUAUUUUGCAAAGAAAAUUUGAAGAAAAUUUCGACAAAAAAUGUUACAAAUCUGCAAUGGCAAACGAGGAUUUGGAAAGUGACCAUCCCAUUAAUUAAUCACAAUUACUGUACAGCCACAUUUUGUCCACCGUUGCUGCAGUCUCCCACCCCCACCCCAACCACCCCCCCACCCCCACCCCACUCAAAAUUACAACGCCUCUCUUUUGAUUGUCAAGCGUUAUGGAACGAAUCACCCUGUUUACAGGGACGCGGCCGUGGCCGUCCCGAUUCAGACAGCCAGCAGCACUGGACGGAGGACGUGCCGUUUCCAGAGGCGGGGACCUCGUUAAAAAUGAUCUGAUCGCUUAACUAAACCGGCCUCUGGAAUGUUUGGUGGGGGUUAGUAUUCGCCGGCUGCGGGCUAUUAAAAGCGAUGGUCAAUUUGAGCUUUGAGCUUUAUCAACCACAUCCUGUUGUUGUUGCUGUUGUUGUUGUUGUUGUUGUUCUUGUUGUACCCAUUCACCGGCCCAAUGUAUUUAUUUCCCUGUUCUAUACGCCCAUUGCUGCAGAAAAGCCAACGGGAACAUAGACUGUGAAUGUGUGUGCAGACCGUACGGGGUAGAUGCCGUGCCACAGGUUGAACUGUGAUGUGGAAAUGGGACGCCAUGGGGCAAAAGUAGUGGGAAUCAAGUUACAGUUUAUGGAAAUACACUACGCCGUGCUGAGCCCCGAGCACUCUAAUUACAUCCACUGAUAUUAUAUGCGGUUUUGUGGGAGGACUUGGCUUAGACCACAUAGCCCUUGAGACUGGUAUUAAAGGGCAGAUAUGAGAUAAUUGGAUCAGUAAAACAUUUGAGCUAAUACAUUAACGGACCCGCCGUACGACUCGUACCGGAGCCAAGUUUGAAUUUUUGUAAUUAAAUUUCCCCAAAAAAAAAAAAAAGCAGGACAAUCUGUGCUUCUGAUGAGAGUCGGACUUUCCCUUUCUCGUGUGCCUCAACUGUUCAACCCAGGGAGGAUCUAUCCCUUUCCUUAUCGCAGUCCCGGUACGGGACCCGUGGACUACACUUCCCUGCACUAGAUUGUAGUUUAAAUCACAGUCUAUGUACCCCGUUCGGCUUUUCUGGCACUUGUGUAUAAUGUAAAGUCACCCCCUCACCCCCCCCCCCGCCCUCUUGGAUGACACUGUAAUGUUUAUUUCAUUGCUUUUCUAUCUUCUUUUUUUGCAACGUGUUCGUUCCGUUCUCUUCUCUCCCCCUCUCUCCCCCUCUCCCUCUCUCUACUGUGUCUUUUGGAUCGUGAUGACAUGUAUUUGCCUCAUUCCUCCGGUGCCCCUUCCUCCCUUUUUUUCAGUGUGUAUUAAUCAGUAAUGUUUGUGGUUUUGCUGAUGGUUUUAUGAAAAAGACAAAAAAAGAAGAAAAAAAAAAACAAAACGGGCAAGGAUUGUGUGGUGAUUAGAGAUAGGUGGUGUUUGGUUUGUUUGGAUCGACACCAUUCCAUCUUUUCAACAUGACUAUGUAUGUAAAGACACUAAUGUUCAUUGUGGAAGAUGGCGCAUUUCAAGAUUUGAAAAGCAAAAUAAAGAGAAUGUUGACCUUCUCAACAUAUCAUGCAGAAUA